AUGUUCCCAAUGAAUGAAGCUUUUUGUUUUCUCUGGAUUUCCUCUGCUUUCAUUUUUGUCCUGGGUCAUCAAGAAUCAGAAGCUUUUCGAUGUGACAGUGGGGUCUCCUUGCCUCCUGACAAUGUGUGUGACUUCACAGACCAGUGUGGGGACGGCAGUGAUGAGCAGCAAUGCUCCAACUACGAAAGGUGUGACUUUGAGGAAGGCUUCUGUGGUAUGGAACAAGAUCAAAGCCCGCAACUUGGUUGGACAAAGAGAAGUGGGAUGACUGGCGUAUCGCCCCCGUUUCGUGAUCACAACGGGAAUAUGUCUGCCCACUUCCUCUCUCUGGUGUGCAGAGCGAAUUCCACUUCCUCAGCCCUAAGGAGCAGAGUUUUCCUCUCCACUAAUGACACCCAUGCUUGUCAGAUUACAUUUUACUACUUCUUAAGCCACAUGGGUGGCAAGUUGACGGCAGGUCUUCAAAGUAGAUGCGGUGAUCCCCUUCAGCAUGUGUGGCAAAACACAGCUGGGCUCCCAAAUCAGUGGCAGAGAAAUGUCAUAAAAAUCCAGAGCUCAGAGAAAUUUCAGGUUGUUUUUCAAGGUCAAGUGAUUGCCACCCAUGAACAGGAUGAAGUCAUAGCUAUUGAUGACAUAUCUUUCAGUCCAGGCUGCUUGGCCGCAGAUGAUGAAAUGUUACCAUGUCAAGAAGCAUCAAAUACGGAAGAACAGCUCUGUCCUCUGGAUACAGAUCUCUGCAGAACUGAUUCUACAGAUGAAGAACUGAGAUGGUGUCACAACUGUGGAUUUGACUUUGACUUGUGUGACAGGAAGUCAGAGGCAUCUGCUGGGCAAAUUUCCUGGAUGUGCACCAAAGCAAGUGAGAUUCCUACAUUAGAAUCUGCACCUCAGCGGGACCACAAUAUCAGUGAAGAAGACCGCUAUGUAUGGGUCGGGGCAAAGCAUCCUUUUGCUCUCAGCCAUGCGGACAGCACUGCUUAUUUAAACAGCUCUGUGUGUCACUGCUUGGGCAGGAGAUGCCAUCUUCAAUUCUAUUACUCCAUGGACAGCAGUAUUCUAAGAGUGGGACUAUAUAACAACGAGGAAGAAGAAACAUUUUGGACAUACAAUACAUCAACUCAGAGCAAAUGGGUGAAAGCAGACAUGUUAAUACCAGAAGGUCUGAAGACAUUUAAGAUUGUUUUUGAAGGGGUCAUUCUGAACCAGAGAAGUUUUAUUGGACUUGAUCGGCUGUCGGUCUAUGCCUGUGGACGGAACCGCUCCAGACAGCUUUGCUCUGGGGAUGAAUUCCCUUGCGCCAGUGGCCAGUGCAUUGCCCAGGAAUCCGUCUGUGACUCUCGGCGGGACUGCUGGGAUGCGAGUGAUGAAGACCCAUCAACUUGCUCAAACCAUCACACCUGUGACUUUGAGUCUGGUUUCUGCAGCUGGGAGCCGCUUUUCACAGAAGAUUCACAGUGGGAACUGGUGAAAGGACUGAGCAGUGGAGAACAUCGUUUUUCCAAAGAUAAUCACACAGCAAACACAAAUCAUGGCUCAUAUAUUCGUUUUGGGGCACAUCAGUUACCUGGAGUGGCCAAGCUUGCAAGCCCCGUCCUUACAAAAUUGCUCCCUGCAUCUUCACCAUGUCAGGUGCAGUUUUGGUAUCGUUUGUCCGAGCACUCUCUCCUCUCAGUGUUUACAAGAACACUGAGUGGAAAUUUGCAAAAGCAGGGCGAAAUCAUCAGAUUCUCUGAAUCUCAGUGGAGCCAAGCAAAGAUCAGCCUCUCUCUGAAAGCUGAACAAUCCAUUCUGCCCUUUCAGCUAAUUCUAGAAGGUACUGUUUUUUCACUGAAUGCUACAGUUGCACUGGAUGACAUCACUAUAUCAAAGGAAUGUGAAGUUGCCUUUAAGACACUUUCAGGUACCAGCGUGCAAAACAAAGUUUCCGAUUGCGAUUUUGAAGCCAGCAACUGUCGAUGGUUUGAAGCAGUCAGUGGUGACCAUUUUGACUGGAUACGGAGCUCCCCAAGUGACCUUGGUGUUGACUUUGAGAAUCAGGCCCCUCUUACGGAUCAUACUCACAACACAGUAUCAGGGCAUUUUAUGUUCAUUCUGAAGAAUAGCAGCAGCUUGUUCCAAGUUGCUAAACUGCAGAGUCCAACUUUCAGCCAAACAGGACCUGGCUGUAUGCUUUAUUUCUGGUUUUAUAACUACGGCUUCUCUGUGGGAGCCGCUGAGCUAGAGCUCCACGUGGAAAACUCCAAUGACUCAGCUGUCCUCUGGAGGGUGUUGUACAACCAAGGCAAACAGUGGUCAGAGGCAGCCAUCCAGCUAGGGCGCCUCACUCAGCCCUUCUAUUUGUCGCUAGAUAAAGUCAGUCUGGGCAUUUAUGAUGGGGUCUCAGCUAUUGAUGACAUCAGAUUUGAAAACUGUGCUCUUCCUCUUCCUGCUGAGAGCUGUGAGUCACCAGACCAUUUUUGGUGUGGGCACACCAAGGCCUGCGUGGAAAAGGCUCAGCUGUGUGAUUUCGUGGAUGACUGCGGUGAUUGGACUGAUGAAGUUAACUGUGAACCUGAACUCCAGUGUAACUUUGAAAGUGGAAUUUGUAACUGGGAACAAGACACAGAAGAUGACUUUGACUGGACCAGGAUCCAGGGUCCAACUUCAACCAUUAAUACAGGGCCAAUGAAAGACCAUACUUUGGGCAUGGUGCAAGGGCACUACCUCUACAUAGAAUCUUCAGAGCCCCAGGUUUUCCAGAACAGUGCUGUGCUGCUCAGCCCGGUGUUCAAUGCCACUGAUUCCAGCGGCUGCAUCUUCCGCCUCUACUAUCACAUGUUCGGAAAGCACAUUUACAGGCUGGCUGUCUACCAGCGGGUCUGGAGUAAUUCAAGAGGGAAGCUUCUAUGGGAGAUAUUUGGAGAUCAAGGCAACAGAUGGAUGAGAAAACUCCUCAACAUUUCCAGCAGGCAGCCCUUUCAGAUAUUGGUGGAGGCUUCAGUGGGAGACGGCUUCACCGGAGAUAUUGCAAUUGAUGAUCUGUCCUUCAUGGGCUGCACCCUCCAUCCAGGUAAUUUGCCAGUAGACCUUCCAACUCCACCAGAAACUUCAAUUCCUGUAACAUUACCUCCGCACAACUGCACAGAUAGUGAAUUUGUCUGCAGAACUGAUGGUAAUUGUGUUGAAAAAUUCCAGAAAUGUGAUUUUAGAUAUGACUGCCCUGACAAAUCAGAUGAAUCAUUCUGUGUUAUGGAUGUUUGCACAUUUGAAAAACGAAGCUUGUGUAAGUGGUAUCAGCCAAUCCCAGGAGAUUUACUUCAAGAUUCAAACACAUUCAGGUGGGACCUUGGGAAAGGGAUCAGUAUACACCAUGGAGAAGAAAACCACAGGCCAGCUGUAGAUCAUACAAAAAACACCACAGAAGGCUGGUAUCUGUAUGCUGAUAGUUCAAAUGGGAAAUUUGGUGACAUUGCUGACCUCUUCACUCCCGUCAUUUCACUCACGGGACCAAAAUGUACCUUGGUCUUCUGGACUUAUAUGAAUGGUGCCACAGUGGGUUCGCUCCAGGUACUCAUCAAGAAAGGCAAUGUGACUUCUAAAGUGUGGGCUCAAACUGGACAGCAAGGUGCACAGUGGAGAAAAGUAGAAGUAUUUUUAGGCAUUCACUCCUAUACACAGAUUGUCUUGAGAGCAAAACGUGGUGUCAGUUACAUAGGCGAUAUAACAGUGGAUGAUAUUUCCUUUCAAGACUGCUCCCCCUUGCUUAGCCCAGACAGAAAGUGUACUUCUCAAGAAUUCUCCUGCGCUAACAAGCACUGCAUUCCAGGGGACAAGCUGUGUGAUUUUGUGAAUGACUGUGCUGAUAACUCGGAUGAGACGGCUUUCAUUUGUAAUGCCUUCAAUGGACGCUGUGAUUUUGAAUUUGACCUUUGUGCGUGGGAGCAGGAGCUGGAUGAUGAUUUAGACUGGAAUCUUAAAGUCAGCAGCAUCUCCGAGGCCAGCACGGAACCAGCUGCAGACCAUACUUUGGGAAAUUCAUCCGGUCAUUACAUCUUGAUAAAGAGCUUUUAUCCACAGCAACCUAUGAAAACAGCCAGAAUAUCAAGUCCCGUGAUAAAUAAGAGAAGUAAAAACUGCAAGGUCAUUUUUCACUAUCACAUGUAUGGAAAUAGCACGGUAGUACUCACAUUGUUCCAGGUGUCAGUCACAAACCGCGUGAAGGUCCUACUUAACCUCACUGAAGAACAAGGCAAUUUCUGGAGGAGAGAAGAAUUAUCUCUGUUCGGUGAUGAGGACUUUCAACUCAAAUUUGAAGGCAGAGUCGGGAAAGGCCACCGUGGUCAUAUCGCACUUGAUGACAUUCUGCUUACGAGGAAUUGUCUGCUAUUCUACAGCUCCACGAAGGAAGAGCCAGCUGCUCCUCUUCCAACAGGUUACUGCCCACCUGGCCAUCAGGAAUGUCAGAAUGGCAAAUGCUACAGACCGGAACAAAGCUGUGAUUUUGUGGAUGACUGUGGAGAUAAUACUGAUGAAAAUGAAUGUGGGGGCUCCUGCUCUUUCGAGAAAGGCUUGUGUGGCUGGCAGAACUCCUUGGCUGAAAACUUUGAUUGGAUUUUGGGCACUGGCUCUCAGCAAAGCCUAAGACCUCCCAGAGACCACACACUUGGAAAUGAGGAUGGGCACUUCAUGUAUCUGGAGGCUACUCCUGUGGGCCUGCGGGGCGACAAAGCUCACUUCAAGAGCACCAGGUGGCAAGAGUCCAGUGCUGCUUGCACCUUGAGCUUCUGGUAUUUCAUAUCUGCAAAAGCGACAGGGUUCAUUCGGAUUCUCAUUAAGACAGAGAAAGGACGAUCUGAAGUAUGGCAAGAAAGUACACAAAAUCCUGGCAAUCAGUGGCAAAAUGUUGUCAUCCUGCUAGGAAAGUUAAGGAAUUUUGAAGUCAUUUUUCAAGGUAUCAGAACAAGUGAUCUAGGAGGAGGAGCUGCAAUUGAUGAUAUUGAGUUUAGAAACUGCACAACUGCUGGAGAAACUUCUGAGAUUUGCCAGGAAGCCACUGAUUUUUUGUGCCAGGAUAAAAAGUGUAUUGCAUCCUACCUUGUUUGUGACUACAAACCAGACUGCUCUGAUAGGUCAGAUGAAGCUCUCUGUGGGCAUUACACAAGCAUCCCUGGGAGCUGCAAUUUUGAAACUACUUCAGGAAACUGGACCGUAGCCUGCAGUCUUACACAAGACUCUGAGGAUGACUUGGAUUGGGCCAUUGGUAGCAGAAUUCCUACCGAAGCAUCCAGUACAGACUCUGAUCACACACCAGGUGGUGGUCACCACUUCUUGUAUGUCCACUCUUCCAAUCCUGGAGAAGGGUCCACUGCAAGAAUCAUUACUGCCGAAUACUUCCCAGCAAGCCUCGGAAUGUGCACACUUCGGUUUUGGUUCUACAUGGUCGAUCCCCAGAGUAUGGGGAUAUUAAAGGUGUAUAUCAUUGAGGAAUCGGGACUAGACAUCCUAGUGUGGUCAGAGACUGGAAAUAAAAGAACUGGAUGGACAUAUGGGCUUGUGUCUCUCUCCAGUAACAGUCCAUUUAAAGUAGCAUUUGAAGCUGAUUUGGGUGGAAGUGAGGACAUCUUCAUUGCCCUUGAUGACAUCUCUUUCACCCCAGAGUGUGUCUCUGAUGAUCUUGCCACAAUGCAGCCCUCACUCUGUGGAGCUGAUCAGUUUGCUUGUAUCUACACACGGCAGUGCAUCUCCAUGGAAGGGAAAUGUGAUGGACGUGAAGAUUGCACAGAUGGCUCUGAUGAAAUAGGCUGUUCUCUCAGACCCUCUCCUCAGCUCUGUGGUGACGCGGAGUUCCAGUGCUCUGCAGAUCGGUGUAUCCCGUCCCUCCUUCUGUGUGACGGAGUGCCCGAUUGUCACUUUAAUGAAGAUGAAUCCAGUUGCGCCAAUAAGAGCUGUUUUAAUGGUGCCCUGGUGUGUACCUCCUCUGACAGCUGUAUCCCAGCUCACCAGCGCUGUGAUGGCUUUGCCCACUGCAUGGAUUUCCACCUUGAUGAAUCCAGCUGCACAGAGUGCCCUGUAAGCUACUGCAGAAAUGGUGGCAUUUGUGUGGUGGACAGAAGUGGUCCUAUGUGUCGAUGUCCACAAGGAUGGAAGGGAAAUCGAUGCCACAUCAAGUUCAACCCUAGUAGCUCCAGUUUCACGUAUGCUCCAAACAAUGUAUGGAUCUUUCUGGGUAUUGGAUUCACAUUCCUGACAGCUCAUAUUAUUAUAACCAUCUUGUGUUUUCUUGCAAAAAGAAAAUUACCACUAAGGAAAACUGAGAAAAGUGGGAACUGUGCCUUUGUCAAUCCAGUGUAUGGUAAUUGGAAAAAUCCAGAGAAAAUAGAGAGUUCUGUAUACUCCUUCUCAAAUCCAUUUUAUGGCAUACCAUCAGCAAACGUGGAGUCUAUGUCUCGUCCUCCCAAACAGUAGAAUCAAGAUCAAGUUGGAACCAACAUGAAAAUUCCACUAGAACCAUUAGAAAAUUCCAUUCUCUAAGCCAACGUAUACAACAGUGAAAGAAGAAAAAGAUCAAAAUGCUAGUUGACAAUAAUUACGUUUCCAAAUUUUUUUUCUUACCAAAUAUAUUAAAUGUUUUCAUAGAAUGAGAAUCAAUACCUUAUCUUCAUAUGAAUGCUUUAAUAAAAUAUUCUUCUUAAUUAA